UUUGCUUGUUUUGGAAAUUUUCUUUUUUACAAUGGGAGACCAUGAUGGUUACUACAAUUAUUUUGAAACACCUCAAAGUUCAAAACAAAGAGGGCGGGAAGAAGACAAUAUUGUUUAUGAACAGCUUUUGUAUGGGGAAAUUGUGAUAAGAGAAGAUGGACAAAUUUGUGUGCAAGUACAAGGAGAUGUGAAAGAUUUGAGUUUUAAUGAAUCCGAUUCUAUCAGACCUAUUGAAAAGAGCGGUCAACAAACCAUUUUAAUUGAAAAGAGGACAGAACAUGACUAUUGUAAACAGAAAAGUUUUGUUGGAUUAGAUGAGAGGCAAACAGGAAAAGAUCAGCCGCAGCAACAUGAUGACCAUCAACUUGCUGCUAUUCAAAAUCCAGAUGGUCAUGAAGAAGUAGUAAUUAAUGAUGAUGAGGAGGCUGUUGGUUCAGAUGGUUUUGAUUUUACUGAAUGUGGAGAGGAAAUAGUAGUCAGUACAACCCCAUCAACAGAAAAUAUCAAUUUAACCUCUACCAAUCGUAAACAACUCAAAAGAGUUUUUGGUUCAAAUAAAUGUCAAGAGUGUGACCAAACAUUUACCAACAUGGCCCGUCUAGAAAGGCAUUUAGCUGUUCAUCAAUGUUUUGGUGCUUAUGUAUGCCCUCUGUGUGGAAAAACGUUUAAAUACGAAUAUAAUCUAUUUUAUCAUUGGAGAAGAACUUGUAGAGAUUUGAAUGAAAUGAUGACUGUUGAAGAAAGAAAGGCUAUCGAGAUUAACGCUCUCCGUCAUUUAAUUGAAGAUAUUUCCAAAAAACACCCUCAUAAUCCUUUGAAUUAUUCCAAACAGCAACAAUCAACCAGUAAUAAUGUGGAAAUGGAUCAACAAAAUUAUGUGGUUAUUCAAGAUGGACAUGAUUAUAAUACCCCAAAUUUACACUCCUUUGCUUCUAAUUUGCCUCAAACACAAUUUUCUGCAGAGAAUUUGGAAGAAGUUUAUAGAGAAAGAAUAGCCGAUAGUGAUGACACGUAUACUUUUAACAACCAAUCUACAGACAUAACUCAAUCUAAUCAAAUUAACAAAUCUACAAGAGCUUUACAAUGCACUGAAUGUCUUCGAUCAUUCUCCUCCCUUCAACGUCUACAAAAACAUUUGAUUGGUUCGCACUAUUCUUCAGGCAGACACCCAUGUCUAUUUUGUGGAAACCGCUUCAAAUACGAAUAUAAUUUAUUUUUUCAUUAUCGAAAUGUUUGUCCUUAUUCUUUGGAUUUGUUAAAAGAAGAAACUAGGAGACGGUUGGAUGCCUCAAACCUCAAAAAAUUAAUUCGACAAAUUGCUACAGAUAAAGACUUUUAUUUAAAAUCUCCACCUUCUAGUAAACUUCAAAAUGAAGAGAGUGAUAGACCAUGUAGUUCAACUUCGUUGUUAACCCCGUUAAUUGAAAAUCCAGCUGAAAAUGGCGAUUCUGCAAUGAGACGGCAAAUGAUGAAAAAUAUAAUUCGCAAAUAUGUACCUAAAUGUCGACAAAAAUUGAAUUCAAUAAAAAAUGCUAAUAAAAAUGGUGGAGAAAUAGAUGAGACAAAUAAUUCACAGAAAAUCGGGUUACCUCGUGUGCUUCUUCAACCUACAUAUCGACCAGAUUUGCCAGAUGGAAUUCAUUGCCCGAUAUGUUCUGUCGUCUUUUACGGCCUAAAAAUACUUGUUCGUCAUUUAAAAGCAGCACAUCCAAAAGAAUCUUCAGUUUGGGAAAAAACAAUAAGAGGACUUGAUAAUGCUUCAAAUAAAAAUUCCAAAUUAAUUUCUAAAGCAAAAAUUAAUCCAAAACGUUUUUUGGCGUCUAAAAAGAGUGGGAGGGAGGAAAGAAGUGUUAGAGGAGAACAUUACAAUUUUAACGAGGAUACCCCUCCUUUACUUGAAAUUGAGCAAUAACAAUGAAAAAA